GGCUCUCCCUGUGGGGGACCCUCUGGCGUCUCCUCUUCCCUUUGGNGCACCUAAUACCAUGGACGAUUACCCUAUGUACGGCUUGCUUGUGGGGCUCUCCCUGUGGGGGACCCUCUGGCGUCUCCUCUUCCCUUUGGGAUUUUGGAACACCUUCACGUGCAGAGUAGACACGAGGGGUGGUACAACUACUAAGCCUUACACAGCAGAAGAGGAGGCGAAAGCCGCCGCCCGCCUGAAAGAGAGAAGAGAGAAGGAGGCCAAGAAGAAGUCCCUAAUGGAGGAACGGGCGGCGAAGUUGAAAAAGAUUGACGAGGAGAUGGCUAGAGAAAAAGAGAGGCUAAAGAGAGAAGAAGAAGAGAAGCUCAAGGCAGUAGAAGAGGAGGAAGAGGUAGAAGAAACGCCACUGGAGAGGAGAAGAAGGGGACAAGGAGGAGAAUCCAGUGGUACCAAGGAGGACCAGAUGGAGAAGAAGAUUACAGAGUGGGUUGCUGGUCUAUCCCUGGGAGAAGAAGAGGAGGCACUAAUGUAUGUGCCCAGGGAAGAACAAGAGGCGGCCAUAAGAGAAUGGGAUGCAAAAGAAGACCCACUCAAGCGGCAGGCGGUGGAGGAUGAGAAGAGGAUGGAGUGGAAAUUCCGAUCGAUGAGGGAAAGAAAAAGGAGAAUGGAGGCGGCAAGUGAGGCAGCGAAAGCGUUGGAGGAGGUAAAGAAGCAGAGAGACCAGAUGGCAACGCAGGUGGAUUUAUUGGGAAAGAUGAAGAUAAUGGCGAAGAACAUAGAGCGCCUGGCACAAGUCCAGGAAGAGAAAUAUCUGUUUGGUAGAGGUCAGGAUAUCGCCGUGCGCUCUAUACGGCUGGGACUUAGGGACUUCGCAAGGGAGUUGGCAACACAGGUGGGCUCAGAGGUGAGGGUCCGCCUAGAGGGCACGGAACGUUACUGUACGGGCGCCAUAGAAGGCGCCAGAUUGACUGCCCCCAAGGAGGAGGAAGUACGUCCCCGUAGGGAGCCGGUCAAGGUCAAGUUCCCUGACUCCUAUAGUGGGAAGAAGGAGGAAAACUUUGACAAUUGGGAAGCCAAUGUCAAGACGUACGUGCACCUACAGAAAGUUGCCCCGGACGAGCAUGUCCUAAUAGCUAUCCAUGCCCUUCGACACGAAGCAGCAAGCUUCACCCGUUCCUUGUGUCGUGCCGCCAACUGCAAUGAUGAUUUGGUUGCAUAUUCCGCGUUUACUCCCCUCAGUGACUUCCUUAAGUUACUGAGAGAACGGUUUGCAGACGUGACCCAUAGUGUCAAGGCUUCAGAUAAGCUGCAAACCAUCCAUUCUCGACAGUGGAGGAGUGCCAGGGCACUCAAGGGUGUGAUGGAUGAGUUGGUCGUCGUUCCUGACCAUGGGGCCACUGAGACCCAAUUGGUCAACCUCUUCUACCGUGCUAUGCCAGAGCACUUACGCGGGCAUUUCUUUGAAAAUAGUCAGCAACCUACCAUGACCUACGACGCUUUGAGCAGGGAAGUGGUAGCGUUCGAAGCGAGGCCCAUGUCAAUUUCCACUUUUUGGCAUAAGGACCUGGACAAGGGUAAAAAGUGGAAGGGUCGCACCAUAUCGGGUGAGGUCAAAACCAAGGAUCGUUUGAUCCUUACGUUAGAUGAGGGUGGUGUCGACGAGGUCCCCUACGAGCAGAUUGAGUGGGGACUAGAGGAGGAGGACAGUGGCGUUAGCCAGGGGAGGACUUACAAUGCUGUCACGGCCGGAGGGAGGCCGCAAGGAGGAGGUAGAGGCCAGGGCCAAGGGGGCCGGGCCUCAGGGGGCCGUUGUGAGGAAACCCGGGGGGGGCUACCUACCGUUCGCUGAAGCCAUGGGCUACGGCGCCU